AUGGCUUUUCAAUUACUGGGCUCGUUCAAGCGCAUCUGCGUGGCAUUCGCAGCAGCAGUUUUUCUUUUGUCUUUUCUUGUGUCCGCGGAUGACAAGGUCUCCGUGGGCAGCCUCACUGCGGCUGAUGUUGAAGAAGCACUACAGCAAUGCUCUGUUGUGCAAGCAUUGAACGAGCACAAACUAGCAUCACUGCCGGAACACGCCAGCUGGACGUCGCGCGUAUUUGCUGUCCUCUUCCCAGGAAGCCCGGCAGUCAAUGCCCUCCUGGCGACUUUGUACAUUUCCGGACCACCAAAUUUCCUCCUCGCGUUAUGCCCGCCAAACAUCGACCCGUCGUCUCUGUCAGUAAUGGUGGCCUUUGCCGUCGGAGGCCUGCUCGGCGACACGUUGUUUCACUUGCUGCCCGAGAUUUUCCUUGGAGAGGACUCUCCCGAGCACGCGCGUUUUGUUCUUGUGGAGAAUAACAAGAACCUUUUACUCGGACUCGGAAUCAUGAUGGGGUUCGUCACUUUUGUGGCCAUGGACAAGAUUCUACGCAUUGCAACCGGAGGCGAAGGUGGGCACGAUCACGGACACUCGCACUCGCACUCUGCAGAUGACUCGGCCGUCACGACCGGCUCCUCCAAAUCCGAAGGCAAGUCCGGCGAAGCGCGGAAUAGAAAGGGCAAAUCCAAGGCCAAGAAAGACGAGGCAGAAGAAGAAGAAAAAGAAAAAGAAAUCAGCGCAAGCGUCAAACUAGGUGGAUAUCUCAAUCUCAUUGCAGAUUUCACGCACAACAUCACCGACGGCCUCGCCCUUUCGUCUUCUUUCUACGCAUCGCCAACCAUUGGCGCAACAACCACCGUGGCCGUUUUCUUCCACGAAAUCCCGCACGAGGUUGGUGAUUUUGCGCUUUUGGUGCAGUCUGGAUUCUCAAAGCAAAAGGCCAUGGGCGCUCAGUUUGUGACCGCUGUCGGUGCCUUUUUGGGGACGUUUAUUGGCAUUGCGAUUCAGGAGUUUGGUGGCAACGGCAGCGGGACAGCAUCUUUUGAUGCUUCUUCUUCUUCUUCUUCUGUAGGACUCCUCGGAACUGGGCUGAGCUGGGGGGAUAUGUUGCUUCCUUUUACUGCGGGAACAUUCCUCUACGUUGGCACUGUCGCGGUCAUCCCGGAGAUGCUCGAGACUGGCAAAAACAAGGGAGAAGAAGUGAAGAAGACGGUGAUGCAGUUUUUGGCAAUGGCUGCCGGUGCGGGUAUCAUGCUUGCAAUCUCUUGGUCUUGA